UUGUCGGUGAGGUCCAGUCAGUCGGAAAGGACCGAAGGGCACAAAUGCGAUCGCUUGUAUCUCGAAAAGUGCCUCAGUUUCAUUUAUUACCACAAUAUUUAGUCCGUGUGUAACCUGAAAUAGAAAAGGACUAGCUUCUCGGUGCGGUGACAGCCAGUGUCCAUGGUAACGUCACAGUUUAACAGCCAGGAUCAUCCCGAGGAAGUGGGGAAACGAGACAAAACUCAGCGAAGGAGAAACAGAUUUGUUGAAGACAUAUCUUCGCACCGACCUUCCCUUUGGCUGUUUUUGUGCCUCUAAUAGUUUUUAAUUAUCGUCUUUUGUUCCCUGAAUUGCACAGCUAUGGAUGUGGCAGACACCUAAGCAGGAAGGAUGACAUCGGAGGCUGCUGUCUCCACAUCUGCCAUCAGCAGCACCCCUGCCAAGAGGGACUACCACUUUCUUCGCUCCUUUGUAGCUGGAGGUGUUGCAGGAUGCUGUGCCAAGACAACCAUCGCUCCUCUGGACAGAGUCAAAAUUCUCCUUCAAGCCCAGAAUGCUCAUUACAAACAUCUAGGAGUGUUUUCCACUCUCAGAGCUGUGCCACAGAAAGAAGGCUACCGCGGCCUGUACAAGGGUAACGGGGCAAUGAUGGUCAGGAUUUUUCCUUAUGGAGCCAUCCAGUUCAUGGCCUUCGACAAAUAUAAAAAGCUGCUUAGUAAAAAGAUUGGAAUCUCCGGACACAUCCACCGCCUCAUGGCAGGGUCUAUGGCAGGGAUGACUGCGGUGAUAUGCACCUACCCUCUGGAUGUGAUCCGAGCCCGACUGGCCUUCCAGGUGACAGGAGAGCAUCGCUACACUGGAAUUGCCAAUGCCUUCCACACCAUCUACCUUAAGGAGGGGGGUGUCAUGGGCUUCUACAGGGGACUUACUCCAACACUUAUUGGAAUGGCUCCGUAUGCAGGUUUCUCAUUCUUCACUUUUGGCACCCUGAAGAGCCUCGGCUUGAAACAUUUCCCCGAGCUGCUGGGACGCCCCUCCUCAGACAACCCCGAUGUCCUCAUUCUGAAAACUCACGUUAACCUGCUCUGCGGGGGGGUCGCCGGUGCCAUCGCUCAGACAAUAUCGUACCCUUUGGAUGUGGCAAGGAGAAGAAUGCAGUUAGGAGCCAUUCUUCCUGACUCUGAGAAAUGCGUAUCCUUGAGGAAGACCCUGAUGUAUGUGUAUACGGAGUAUGGGAUCAAGAAGGGAUUGUACCGAGGCCUUUCUCUCAACUACAUCCGCUGCGUCCCCUCCCAGGCUGUGGCCUUUACCACCUAUGAGUUCAUGAAGCAGAUGCUCCACCUGAACUAGUCGCCGUUUUUAUACAUCCCGAGUCUCGCAGGGCCCUUUGUGCUCCAAGUCGCAGAUCAACCUCGAUGCUUCCAUUGUAGAGUGAUGUCAUUUGGUACGUCUUAAACUCUUCAAUAUGGGAAUCACCCUUUUGUCGAGUUCACUGAAGGCACCAGGGAAGUCAUUAGACGAGAAAGGAAACAGGAUAUCAGAGAGUAAGACACUCCAAGUCUGUCCUAUUUCAUUCCUCCUUACUUCCUGCUUUUGUGAGUCGCCACCUCUUAAGAGAAGUCUUACUCAAACACAACAUGUGGCUUGAAUUUGAGCAACUCCCUCAUCAAUGUGGAUACAGCGGAUCAGCGAUUGGAUGGUUGGAUGGCUCAGGGCGACGAUAUGCUCUUUAACAUAUCGCCCUGAUUGUGUAGAGGCCCCUUCGUUCGCACAGAUGUUCUCUCACUUGGCUUUUUCUGUCUGUCUUAUGAUCUGUUGGGAUUUUAAGAUGUACAUCAACUUAAAAAGAUCAAAUUAGCACCUUUUUUUCUAAUCAGGAAGGGAACUCAGCGAGAUGCAUUUAUUCGAAUAGAGUAUCACUAAAUUCUUCAGCUACAUAUUUUUAAAAAUCGUCUAUCAUAUCUUCUUUUUACCACCAAGGUGAUCAAAAGUUAUUGUUGAAAUGUGGCUGGAGUUGUUAAAUAAUCAGAUGAUUUUCAAUGUUUUGUUUAUUCAGUUUGUCUUUAAAUUUACAGUGCCGAUUUGGGAUGCAGUAACUCGAGGAGAAGCUGUUUGUGCGUUUUUGCCUUUGUCCUCUUCACAAAUCUAUUAUUAAUGUAUCAGAAUUAACCGGCAGGUUUUUUUUUUUAUUUUUAGAAAGAUGCAGUGACGGAGGUGGCACAUGAUUUCAGUUUAAGAAAAUGUUAUUGCCAAAGCUUGAAACAGAGCAGUUACUGUUAUGUGAUUUAAAUUGCUUUGUUUUUUAUGUUGGUUAACGUGCACUCUUAUGUUUUACUGUAGCUUUGAUGAUAUUGAAUAUUGUACAUCUUUUCUCAGCUGUGAUCAGAGAGAUGUUUUGAGUUUAAGAUGUCAGCUUUUCUUUUCUUUUUUCUUUCUUUUUUUUUUUUUUUUACAUAAUAUGGAUGUAGAUCUGACAUGUCUUGCAGGACAUGAGGGGACUCAGGAGAAACUUGCACUUCAUCACUAUAGCUUUUUCUUCUUUUAUUUAUUGAUUUAGCGACUUGUUGCCACUGGGUGGCAGCAUUGAAUAUCAAUUGUAUUGUUUACCAUCAGAGCUGGACACAAAUAUUCAUACACAUUUCAAACAUCCGCACAAGUCAGAGGAGAUAAUUUUCUGUUUAGCUGAACAAAUUGUCAGAUAGUGAUAUAAUAUAUAUGCAGUGUUUUUAACUUAAAUUUUUAAUUCUAUUAACUUGAGCUACUGAAUGGGUGUGUGCAUUUAGGCUGAACAUUAAAGUGGAAACAGACAACUUUUUUCUUCCCCUAGUGUUUGCAGGUGUUGCUAUUGCUGGCGCCACUUUGCAAAGACAACCAGAUUGCUAUUUGUUUUCCUCAGAGACGAGCAACUACCACAGUUCCCACAGUUACCUUGGUUGUUGCACAGUCCGCCAUUUCCACAGCUGGGGAUAGUGACUGCAAAGACCCACAAACUCACAGUUAUACUUUGGUAACUAAACCAUAGCUACCAAGGAAUCCAUAAGCAGUAUUCUCUUUCCAUAUAGCCUUUGUUUUCCAGGAGAUCAUACCUGGUUGGCUCAUAGGGAACAAAUCUAAACGCUGAUGGUGCCAUUAUUCUAAAGCCAUUACAUUGUGCAAUCACUUACUUCAAAAUGAUAAGCUAAAGCAAAAAGUGUGUCUAUUUCCACUUUAAUGACUGAAUGAGUGUCAUUUAAUCACGAUUGUUCUUAAUGUUUACACAAGUCUCAUCAGUUUGUUUUACAAGCGUUCUCCUGUUUUCAUCCUCUUGCCUUUCUCUUUAUUCAAUUUCGUACUUCACCAGAGAGAUUAAUGUGUUUUAUUGAAGUGUCGUCACAUGCUUUCAGUUGAUGCCUCAGCCUUUGAAACACUGUUUAUGAAUUGGGGGGGAUGGGAGACUGGUAAAGAGCAGAUGGUUUCCAACCUUAUUGGCUUGUGACCCCUAAAAAUGAAGCAAAGUUCACGCAUGCCCACUCAUCACAGCGUUUAUAUAUCCACCAACCAGUGAUUCUUUUCCCUUUUAACUUCUCAGAUUGUCUCAUUAAAAAUUGCUGAAGGCCUGAAAAGGUAAGGUUACUCAAUAUUUAUCGAAAGAGCAAAAAUCAGAGAAAAGCCCAAAUACACAAACACAAAUUCGUUUAAAGACGAUUCAGUAGUUCUGUCUACUUGCCCCACCCAAAUCUGCAAUUUCUUGGAACACCCUGCCCUAGAUUAGGAGGCAACGCCACCUUCACUCCAUCCUCAGAUGUACUGUUUAGAUCCAGCAGCCAGCUGUCAGCAGUGUGGACAGUCUGGAGUUAAAACAGGAGUUGUAUAUGUAGCUAUGGUCCUGUGAAUACUAAUAUCUAAACAUUAAAACAUCUGAAACAGGCCAGUUUGGACUUAAGGAGAGAGGGACACUGGAGAGGUGAUCUGUCAGAGCUGUGGGGUGGUGUGUCAGCGGUCGUAGCAUGUUCAAGCUAAAAUGGGGUGUUGAAGGACAACUUCCCCCACAAAAUGGCCAUUUGUAUACCAGUUACAUACCAAGUGUUACCUGUAAUUUGUAAUGAAAACUUUGUUUUCCUCACAAGCCUCCAUGGUGAACGGAGAAUCCAAAAAAGGUGAACAUUGUUCAUGAAUUGACAGGAAAAUUAUAUGAAAACAUACAUUUACAAACUCACACAAAUUGUGCACUAUAAUCUAAGUCUCAUUCAUCCAGUCGUAUGCUCUGAACUUAACAAACAUGUAUUUUCACUAAAACAUUACAGAGUAAUUAAUGAAUUAUGUUCAUCUUUUUUGGAUUUUCUGUUCGCCAUGGAGGCAUGGGAGAAAAACAAAGUUGUCUUUACAAAGUCAAGGUAACACACAGUAAGUAAGUGAUACACAAAUAAAACAUACAGACAAAAUAUUCCUUUAAAUUGCUUUUUGAUCAUAUUGUGACCACUCAGAUUCAUCAUAUGACCCACUGGAGGGGUCCAGGCCCCGAGGUUGAGAACUAUAAUGACACAGACUACUGAACACUUUGAUAGUCAGUCACUGUUAGAGGAAGUCAGGUGGCAAAAAGGCUUCAGUCACCUCGUUGCAGCUCCUCAAUUAAACACAGCACAAAGAAACAUUGGAUGAAGAUUUGUAAAUUUUCUAUGCAGCUUGCAUGAUUGAAAUUGCUACUGAGAUAAUUCACACAACACUGAAACCAAAAUGUUCAUUUUAGUGUGCCUGUUCAACUUGUUGGAAAUGAGCAAAAUCUCAAAGCAUAAAAUUCUCCCAAAUCACCUUGAGAAGUGCGAGUAAAGAAGCGACUUCUAUGUAACUCUCAUUUGCUGAGUGUAUGUAACAACAAAUGAGCUAUAGCAUCCCGCUGCGCCCACCUGCCUGGGCUUAAGAGCAUAAUCACACACUCUCGCUGGUUCUAAGUGGCAGCUACCAUUUUGAAAACAAAAUGUAAUAUUCAGCAACAUUUCCGCUUAUUCAUAGUGCCACUCAUUCAUCUACAGUGCUUUCAUUUUCUGCUCUUUUGAUUUGAAACACAUGAUCUUUCACUGCUCCUGUCAAUCUCUGAGGACAGAUCAGCUCUGUUCCUGCUGCUCACUGCAACAGAUGUAACAAAGGACGGUAUUUAAAUAUGUAAAUGUAUGUACUAGUACACUGUGCUACUUAAUGAAACUGUUAGAUGUGACUGAAAGAUGUAGUAGUUUUCAGAAUGACUGAACAAUGAAAAUUGCCUUUUUCUUAAAUUGUCUGACGGUUUUUUUUCUGUUUGUACAUGUUCAGUUUUGCCUGCCUUCCCGAACCACAUUACAUGUCACCUUCCUAAA